UUUACCUUCUCUUCCUCGCUUCUUGUUUCAGUGUCGCGGAUUUGUUGAUCUGCUUAUGAUCACCUUUUCUUUGCUGUUUGGUAAUUGGUAAGGCAUUGAGGGCAGAAAAGGUUCGAGUGAAGAUCCACCCAGAAGAGGAGUGAGAGAUAUGAAGCUUGGAAUUCUCUGGUUGGUAGUGAGGAAAUGAAGAGGAGGGGUUGUUAAGGAUCGACCAUUUCUUGCUCUCUUCUUGGGUUUAUUUGAUUUGAGAUGGGCGGGUGUCUCCCCUGUUUCGGAUCGCCGGGCAAGGAGAAAAGUGGUGUUAAGGAAGGUGGGAAGAAAGAUUCUGUGAAGGAGGGUUCAGCUGCUCAGUCUCACCAUGUGAGCAGAGUCAGUUCGGAUAAAUCAAAAUCUCGGAUCAGUUCUGACUCUAAGAGGGAAACACCAGCAGCAAAAGAUGGGCAGACUACAAAUAUUGCUGCACAGACAUUUACUUUUCGAGAGCUUGCCGCUGCCACUAAGAACUUUAGGCAAGAGUGCCUUUUGGGUGAAGGAGGAUUUGGACGGGUGUACAAGGGUCGCUUGGAGAGCACCGGACAGAUAGUUGCCGUGAAACAACUUGACAGGAAUGGCCUUCAAGGAAACAGAGAAUUCUUGGUGGAGGUUCUCAUGCUCAGCCUCUUACACCAUCCUAACCUUGUUAACUUGAUUGGUUACUGUGCUGAUGGAGAUCAACGUCUCCUUGUAUAUGAGUACAUGCCUUUGGGAUCUUUGGAGGACCACUUACAUGAUCUCCCUCCUGACAAGGAACCUCUGGACUGGAAUACAAGGAUGAAGAUUGCAGCAGGAGCAGCUAAGGGCUUGGAGUACUUGCAUGACAAAGCAAACCCACCUGUUAUUUACAGGGAUUUCAAGUCAUCCAACAUUCUGCUUGAUGAGGGAUUUCGCCCAAAGCUAUCAGAUUUUGGGCUUGCAAAAUUAGGUCCUGUUGGUGACAAGACUCAUGUAUCUACACGAGUGAUGGGAACAUAUGGCUAUUGCGCUCCCGAGUAUGCUAUGACUGGCCAACUCACUCUGAAGUCUGAUGUCUAUAGCUUUGGUGUUGUCUUCCUUGAGCUGAUCACAGGCCGAAAGGCUAUAGACAACACCCGAGCUCCUGGAGAGCAUAAUCUUGUUGCAUGGGCCCGGCCACUAUUCAAGGACCGUAGGAAGUUUCCAAAGAUGGCUGAUCCACUAUUGCAAGGAGGUUACCCAAUGCGAGGACUUUACCAAGCCCUUGCUGUUGCAGCCAUGUGUUUACAAGAGCAAGCUGCUACAAGGCCUCUCAUAGGGGAUGUUGUGACUGCAUUGUCAUAUCUGGCUUCCCAAAGCUACGACCCAAAUACAGCCUCCACACAAAGCAACAGGGUAGGUUCAUCCGUUCUAAGAGAUGGAGAUGACAAAAGGAACCUCAAUAGUGGAGCUGAUGGCCUAGAUGAAGUUGGGUGUGCCGGGUGGCAUGGCCUACAAUCCCCUCAUCAGAAUUCGCCAGAUUUCAGACAGAGAGAUCCUGCUAGGGGAAUGAGUUUUGGUGCAGAGGUUGGCAGGGGGGAAACAAGUGGUGGGUCUGGGAGGAAGUGGGGCUUAGAUGAAUUAGAAAAGCAAGAAUCCCAAAGAGACAGCCCUGUUCAUGCCGGAAGAGCAAGGGAAACACCAAGGAAUUAUAACCGAGAUUUUGAUAGAGAACGUGCAGUUGCAGAGGCCAAAGUAUGGGGUGAGAAUUGGAGAGAAAGAAAGCGAGCAAACACUGCUGCAGGUAGCUUUGAUGGUACAAAUGAGCCACAAUGAGGUGUUGUAUAGCUUUCAUGCUUGAACAAUUCUCUUCUUUCAGAAAGCUCAUCUCAAGCCUAGGGAUACUACGAAAGGCAGGAAUGGAAUAAUGCCAGAUUCAUUGUAACUUGUGGCCUUGGUAGACGGCCAGUCGUCUUGAAUGGGAGAGGAUAAAGGAAUAGCCAAAAAAGAAUAUAGGUUACACUACACUACACAUUUGGUUUGGGCGUUUCAUUCCUCCACCCCUCCUUACCUUUAUCUCUUACAUUCUUGGUGUAUGGAUUUCAGAGCGUCAUUUUUUUUAAACGCCAUUGUUCUUUCUAUACGGAGGUGAAUUCUCACAUUUAACGAA